AUGGCGGCGAAUUACUGGGCUUCGACGCAACGCCGGCAUUGGCUCUUCUCAAGGGAGAAGCUCGCCGAUAUUCGGGAAGGACUGCGUGAACGAGAUAAGGUCACCCAUUCACAGUUUCCGCUGCCGGAUCAGCGUCUGUUGAAUAUCUACUUCAAUCAACAACUUAUCAAACUUGGAAAGCGCAUGUCCACCAGGCAACAAGCAAUUGCAACAGCCCAAGUCUAUUUGAAACGUUUCUAUACCAAAAAUGAAAUUCGACAAACAAACCCAUACCUGCUUCUCACUACAGCCUUCUAUUUGGCUUGUAAGACGGAAGAAUGUCCCCAACAUAUCCGCUUUGUGGUCGGUGAAGCCCGUGGACUUUGGCCAGAAUUCAUCACGCACGAUGUAGCUAAACUUGGCGAAUGUGAGUUCGCAUUGAUCUCUGAGAUGAGCUCACAACUUAUCGUACACCAUCCAUAUCGCACCCUAACAGAGCUGCAAAGCGACUUAUCGCUCAACUCCGAUGAGGUCGCACUAGCCUGGUCCGUGAUCAAUGAUCACUAUCUGACAGAUCUUCCACUUCUGCAUCCACCUCAUGUAAUUGGUAUCAUGGCCAUCAUCAUUGCGGUGGUUUUCAAACCAGCUCACCCUGGUAACUUUGGCAACUCCGCACAGUCAGCGUUGGCGGCUACGAUGCGCGAUGGAGGCGGUAUGAACAUGUUGGCGUCGUCACUUUCUGAUAAGGCUGGACCUGGAGCCGCGCGGAUUCAAAAACUCGUUCAGUGGCUUGCGGAGAGUGAUGUUGACAUCAAGGCUGUUGUUGAAUGCACUCAGGAACUUUUGUCGCUAUAUGAGGUAUGGGAGCAGUACAGCGAAAAGCACUGCAAGGAACUGAUUGGUAGAAUGGUCAAGAGUAAGAACUUGGAUAAGUAA